UUUGGUCUUUCUAUCAUUGUUUCCACCUGACCUGCAUCCCCCACCUCCAAUUCUUUUUCCUUACUUGAGCCCCCUUUCUAGUCAUCCUCUUUACUCUUCCCCCAAAUUAAGAAAGUACCAAAUCAAAACCCAUAUACCUCUUUUGUAAUGGAUUAUCAUUUCAUGGAAUUAAUUGUCGUUCUUCUUUCAAUUUGAGAUUUACAAGAAGGGGAAACGAAAAUGAGGAAUUUCGCAGGGACACCUGGAACAGUGACUGCUCUGAUUUUGAGAUUGUUGCAGUGUCUGUUUGCUGCUGCUUCAAUUGCUUCAAUGGCUUCCACUAAAUCCUUCUUCAGUUUCACUUCCUUCAGCUACUUAAUUGCUUCAAUGGGAUUGCAAGUAAUUUGGAGCUUUGGACUUGCAUUCCUGGAUGCAUGUGCCUUGGCAAAGAAGAAAGUCCUCCAUAAUCCCGGUUUACUGAGCCUCUUCGUUGUUGGAGACUGGGUUACUUCAAUGUUGAGCCUUGCAGCCGCUUCCUCAUCUGCGGGAAUAACCGUGUUGUAUUUUAAUGAUUUGGGAAGUUGUGGUUUUGUGGAAUGCCAAAAAUACCAAUUGGCGGUUGCUUUGGCAUUUAUGAGUUGGAUAACAAUUGGAAUCUCAUCCUUAAUUAUGCUUUCCACUUUGGCUGCGGCCGUGAGUUAGAAUUUUUCGCUUAUGCCCCUCUAUUUUUUAACAAUUAACUUUCGGUCCUUGUAUUUUCAAACAAAUCACCUUUUUAAGGUACAAAAGAAUCACGAUAUUUUGAAAAAAAAAAGUGAAUGUAUAUUUUUUGGGCAAUUAUAUAUUCACGAUUUAUCUUAAGUUUUUGGUUUUUAUGGACAAGAAACAACUUUGAUGGUUGAGAUAGUUAAUUGCUUUAUUGUUGGGUUACUGGGUCUGUAUAGAAUAGUAGAUAGUAUAGAGGAAAAUGGGGAUAUUUAAACUUAAUGAGACUGAUGUAUUUUGAUGUAUUUCAUUUAGUCAAGUGAAUCAUGAAAAUUUAUGUCUAUAUGAAAAUUUCACAAAUGUAAAAGUUACCUACGUUUGAAUACUGUUCGGUUAUGAUACUUGUUUGUUAUGUCCUAAAUCUUGUGAAUUUAGAAAACUUAUGGGUCAAAAGUCUCAAACUUGGAACUUUAGGGACAAAAAAUGAAAAUGUUCUAAUUUGAGCUUUGUAGAAACUUUGAAAGAAUAUUUUGAUAGUGGGAAAAUGACACUCUAGCACAUUAAAGUUUUGACAUUUGGCUAAGUUGGUCACUAAAGUUUCUUUCUUUCUUUUUUUUUUUUUUUUUUUUUUUUUUUUUUUUUUUUUUUUUUUUUUUUGUACAUUAGACCACUAAACUCCAUUUUUACCUUUUAAUUACACAAUUAUCUAAAAAAUUAGACGGUUUACAUGCUUUUGUGGCAUGCUGAUGUGUCCAAUAAGCUUACGUGGGAUACUGAUGUGUCGAAGAAUUGAGUUGUCCAACAACCCAUAUUAAUUGAAACUCUCAAUCGGACCAUGAUUUAAGUGUUUCUUACCCUUUUAUGAAAACUCAAAUACUUUCCACCGACUCUUUCCAUCCUCAAGAACAAUGUCUUUAAGCUCAUCCACUUCAAGGAAUUAGCUACAAGUGACUCGUGUUCAGUCGCGAGGACGGGUAAAGCUUUGCGAUUGCGGCGUUCCAGCUAAAGAACGAACGUGUUGUAAGAUAACAAACCUUGAGAGGCGUUUCUGGAAUUGUCAAAACAGUUUGACUAGUUGAAGAAAUGUAGCUUCUAUGAAUGGAAAGACAAAGAACAGGAAUAAGGGUAUUACAAAAACCUUUUAUAUUCUCUGAAGCAGAAACUGGAUGCUAAAGAGGAUUGUCUGAGAUGAACAAUUUGAGGAGGAUUGUUGAAUUGGAGUUCCUGCUAUCACAAGAGCGGUCUAAGGUGGCAAAGAAUGAGAAAGAUGUUUCUGAUGCAAGGAAGAUAAUAGACAGGUAUAGGAUGACAGUUGCAUUGUUGUUUGCUUGCUUGGUCUUUUGUGUUUUGAAGUUAGGGGUGAUUAUAGUUAGUUAGGGUGAUUGGUGUAAGCUUUUGUAUUUUUAUGUAAAGGCAGACUAGAAAGUCAGUAAUGAUGGGCACAUCCAUAUGUUUGGAAGCUGCUUUUAGUUACAAUUUGGGGGUUUCAACCUUUAUGUGUUGAUGUUGUAAGCUGGUAAGUCCGUAUGAAAGGGCACUUGAUAACUACUGUAAAAAUAUAUUAAAAGUCCCAAUUGUAGGGCAUUUUGUAUAAAUCAGAUGUUGAAAAUGUUAAUGUUA